GACGCAAUACUCCAGGGACGCUUCCGGUGCGGAAACAUGGCCGCGGCCGUGCAGGACUCACGUGGGAGUGCGGGGAGAAAGUUGAAAAAUUCCCUAAAGAAGAAGAAGAAGAAGAAAAUGGUAGCCAAGGCUGUAGCAUUGGAGCUGGAGGGCGAGAACAAAGACCCUGACGGCCUUGGAGGGUCUCCAGGAAGGCGAGCCUCCGACGAGGAAGCGGUGGAGGCUGACAAUGAAGACGAGGCCGGCCCCGGGGACAGUGACGGCGAAGACGCCCGCGGGGACGCCAACGCGGGCUGGGCAGACGCCAUGGCUAAGAUCCUGAGCAAGAAGACGCCAGCGAGCAAGCCCACCAUUCUGGUCAGAAGCCGAGAGCUGGAGAAGGAGAAGGAGAAGCUGAAGCAGGAGAGGCUGGAGAGGAGGAAGCAGCUGGACAGGAAGCGGGAGUGGGAGAUGCUGUGCCGCGUCAAGCCCGACGUUGUCAAGGACAAGGAGACGGAGCGGAACCUGCAGAGGAUUGCCACCAGGGGCGUCGUGCAGCUGUUCAAUGCUGUUCAGAAGCACCAGAAGAACGUGGACGAGAAGGUGAAGGAAGCCGGAGGUUCCGAGAGGAAGCGCGCCAAGCUGAUCUCUACGGUGUCCAAGAGGGACUUCAUCAGUGUGCUCAGGGGCAUGGACGGCGGUGCGCACGAGCCCGGCGCCGCGGGAAGGGGUGCGAAGGCCCGACAGACCGAGGCGAAAGAAGAGGGCCCCGGCUGGACCAUCCUGCGCGACGACUUCAUGAUGGGGGCGUCCAUGAAGGACUGGGACAAGGAGAGUGACGGCCCGGACGGCGGCAGCCCGGGGCCGGGCAGUGACGCCGACGCGUGAGGCCGGGUGUGCGGGAGGCGGAGCGCACAGCCACGUUAUGUCUCCGGGAGGAACACCCCGUGCCCCGGAGGGGGAGGGGCGUGCGAGGACCCCGUUCGGGAGCCAGCCAGCAGAGGACCUUCCCGCGACCAGCUCUGCGGUGUCCCCUCUUCACCGGAGCUUUGCCAGAGCCGUGUCUUCAGACUCGCGUGCUUGUAAGCCUUGCAUCUGCGUGUCGAGCGAGACACACACUUGGCCACGGUUGUCAUGGGUUUACGUGCUGGCCGUGGGUGUUUGGUGUUUUGUUUCAUUGUUGCCAGUGUUCUAGAAAGACAACAUCCUUUAUCAUUAAAUUGAGCUCCUUGAAGCUCAAGUAUUCAGCUUACAGCCCUGUGAGUGUGUACUUCCAGUCUGGGGGGAGGUUUGGGCUUGGUUUUGGUGACAGCUUUAGAGAAAACUUGUGCAGUGAAGUUUAAAAUGAUGAUACUUCUGAUUUGGGGUGAUAAUUUUAUUUCCUAAGACAUUCUGGCACAUACGAUGUACAAGACGUUAAAUCUCUACUUUCACAUUACAUUUUAUACACUGCACAUAAGUAAUGACCGACAGUUUCCGCGCUGGCAUGUUCUCGCCCGAGAGGUUGGCUGAGGUCUCCCCUUCCACCGACGCCAGGAGGCGCGCUUUCCAGGGAAGCUCGCGGGACGUGUUUCAGUCCCUCGUCUCUGUGGGUACUGACGUCAUCCUCUUCCGUUCUCUCUCGUGGUCGUGCUCGAGUAGCUGGCGGGCAG